CAAAAAACAACCUAGCGUGACGAAUGGCUGGCGUCAACCAUAAUUAAAGACGCCAUUUUGGAAAGGACAGGCUGAAAGUUUUGGAAGUGUGUAUGCAGUUUGUCAUUUUUGGAUACAUAUUUCAGUGAAUAUUUUGUGUUUUCUCGUGGUUAGAUGAUGAUAUCAUGGUAAAUUACAGCCUCAGUUCUUCCAUUUUACGAAAUAUGAGCAAAAGGUUUGUUUUAUAACCUCAUAAUGAAUAUGCACAGCUAAGUGUAAAGAAACUUCAUGUUCUUCAGCGAUAAUAUACGAAUAGUACUAAGGGUACUUGUGUCAUGUUAUAGGAAAGUAAAAUAUUUGUGUAAUGAAACUUCAUACAGGAUAUAUUUAUCCUAAUGUUGGGAUAUCAGUUUGUUAUGAAAGCUCUGGUCUCCUGCCAGACAUUUCUGAGCAUAAUGUUGACAAUGUCAUCGUCUUACCCUAUUGUCCAGAAACGAUCAAUAUCAAUCGAAAACAGGGAAACAGAAAACUGGACAGGAGAAAACUUACAGGGAAGAACUUGUCUUCGAUUUUGUCCUUAUAUUAACUGUAAUAAUGGUACGUGCUACCAGGAUCCUGUAACAUGUGGAUUAAGAUGUAUCUGUAACAUUGGUUACUCGGGACGUAGAUGCAAGAAGGAAAUCCAAACCACGACAUUAGUUCCAACAACUCCAGAUCCGAAAUCCAAAUCAGAUGGUGACCUAGUGAGAAUUUCACUGGGAAGCAUUCAGGGUAAUAUUGGUCAUAAAGAAAACGCAUCUUUUUUAACUGAAACUCAUGAAAGAAGCGAUGCUGAAGAUGAAUUUCGAACGACUGAGGAGACGGCUAGCGAUUUUGUGAAAAAUUCAACUGAGAGCGUUGAUUUGUCCUCACUAAACAAUUCACAGAAAGGGACAGACGAGAUCAUUAGAAGAUUUCGUAAACCAUUACUUUUGUUUAAAUUGGAAAAUGCGGACAAAAACACAACUAAAAUAAAUAAAACGAAUACAAAAAUUUCAUUCAUAAAAAAUGAGUCGACUUUAAAAACUCCCUUGCCUAAUGCUGAAUCUAACAAAACGAUGAAAGAAGACGAAAUGUCCGAGUCUGAAUCAACCGCCACGAAAGAAAUCAAACAAUCAGUCACAAAGUUAUCAGAACUCCACGAAAAUCAAUUAAAUGAAGAAGGUCCUUUUCUUCGCAUGUCCUCACCAGAUUUAGAACUAAGUGUUCGGGAACCAUUUACAUCAUUAUACUUAGACGAAUGUGAUAGAAAUUGUUCAUCAGAAAACGUUUGUGUUCCAAUCAAGAACAGAUUCCAUUGUUAUCCCAAGAAGCAUGAUUGUCCCUCUGGAUUUCCUUGUGAGAAUGGAAUUUGCAUGAAGAAUGGGAGUCUUAUCAAGUGUCUUUGUGAGCCGGGAUGGAUUGGAGACAUGUGUAAUAGAAACUGUUCUCUCAACUGUAAUGGAGGCGCCUGUUAUCGAAGUUCGGAAGAUCCUGACGGUGCCACUUGUAUCUGCAACCAAGGAUAUGGAGGAAAAAGAUGCGAGCACAAGAGGGAGUUAAUCUCUGCUGCGGAAGAAGACCAAUGGUACUGGUACGUCAUCAUUCCCUGCAUCUGCUGUGUCAUCGUUCUUAUCAUUGUACUCGUCGUUAUCAUCUACUGCAUGCAAAAAAGGAAAUGGUUAUUCGCCAUGAAAAUUGUCCACUUCUUUAAGGAAUAUGAAGAUGACGAUGGCAAAGAAUACGAUGCUUUUAUAUCCUACAAGUCAUCAAAAGAAGAUGAAGACUUUGUGUUACAUCAGCUGUAUCCCAAGUUAGAAGAGGAGAUGGGCUUCAAACUGUGUCUGCAUUUUAGGGAUUUCACACCAGGAGAUAUCAUUGCCAAUAACAUCAUUCAUGCAAUUGAAAACAGUCGUCGAACUAUAAUGAUUUUAUCUCCAAACUAUGUUGAAAGUGAGUGGUGUCGCAUGGAAUACCAAAAAGCACAACAUGAAAUGUUAAAGAGAAAACACAGGAUAAUUCCAAUAAUGUUCCGAGACAUUACAAAGUGUGAUAAAUUUGACAAAGCCCUGGGUGAUAUCUUAAGAACAGUAACCUACAUUCAAUGGCCGGAAGACGGAGACUCAAACAAAAUCGAACGUUUCUGGAACCAGUUAAGGUUGUCGUUACCAAAGAAACGCGGUCCAACAUACUCCUCCUCUUCCUUCACGUCAUCAGGAAGUGGAUCCACAGAGACGACGGAUAUCUACUCUUCCAUCUCAGAGCCAAUACCAAGUUCUUCCAUCAUUUCUUCUGAUGUGAAGAAACCGUCUUAUUCUAAUAACGAAACGAUCUUGAAUAUCACUGAAAAUGAGAGUGCAGUGCAUAAUAGUGCAUAUCCCUCGUACGUUACUCUGAGUGAACAAACUUCGAACUCCCAGAGCCCGAACACCAACUCUUCGCUGCAGAGUGACAUGAAAGAAAAUUCAACUGGUACUGAAUCACAACCAGACAAUUCCUCAAGUAGGCUUCGCAAAAUUGUGAAAGACAUGCUUAAAUUAAAAAUUCACUCUCGUUCAUUUUCUUCUGUGCGAGUACAGGGUGAGGGGUCCUUAGAAACUCCCACACCUACUACUGCUACUCCUAGUAUGUUUUUGGAUAAGGACAUGAGUCCAUUAUUAGCAAAGAGGAAGAGCAAAAAGUCUUCUACCUGGACAGCAAAAUCACUCCAUCAAACUCUUAAACCAUGUGUGAGGUCUAUGAGUGAGAAAGAAUGCAACAUCAAAAAACUAGAUAUCAUUCCACAGUUGUCCACACAAAGAAGAGAGUUACCAGACGUUUGUAAACAUCUGGACACAGGGCACGAUAAUAAUGGAUUUGAAAAUGAGAAAAAAUCCAGAAAAAUAAUUUCUAAGGAAGAUACCAAUGUGUCAAAUCUCCUCACUGAUCAUGAUAUAGGAUCUUCUAAGGAUUUCAAUAAAAACAUUGAAAAUGUCUUCAACGAAAGCAACAUGGCUCCACUUACAUGUGAAACAUGUGUGUAUUCAUCAGUAAAUGUAGAUAAUAAUGUGUACACAUCAACAACGGAUACUUGUAAAACAUGUGUACAAAAAUCAGAAUCUAACAAUCAAGCUGAUGUUGAAAAUAAAAAGGAGCCAAAUAAACAACUAUGCAAUAGCUUUAGAAAUGACCUUUCUAAAAGGAUUAAGAAAUCCAACGUCCCAAGGAGGUACAGUGAUGGUGUGAAAUUAAAUCGGAAAAAAGCUAGAGAUAUUAGCAAAGACGUACCAGUGAACAUAACUGAAAGCUGCAUUUUUAAUAACGAUUAUCCUUCGCGGGUUGUAGCAAAGCAAGAAGUAUCAAACAAUUCGUAUGCUAAUUCAACCAGUUUUAGCAAUGACCAAAAUGUACAUUAUUGCAAUACAAGUGACUCAUCGAAAAUCCAAAAUAAUUGGAUGAGUGAACCGUUUGUAUCGGAUAAAUGUUCAAACUGGCAGACUUUUGACUCCAAAAACUUAUCUGUAAAUUCAGAUGAUCCAAAUAUGAACUCAUCUUUCUCAUCCAACGCAACCUCUUAUCAAAACCUUCAUACACAGGAGACUUUAAAGGAUUCGGUUGUUGGGAUGACUCGGAAUGACUCGGAUAUUCAGGCAGUUAACACGAAGACUUUAUCAGACAAUUAUGUCCAGGAGUACAAUGUAUUAUUAGACGAUAAUUACCAUCGUAACUGUGAGACGUGUAUCUUAGCAAAUGACUCCGAUACCAACUGUAAUAAUAACCCCUGUUACUCGAUACAUAUUCAUCCAAAUUACAUUUUACCAGUUCAAAGAGAAACGUCUAAAGUUCUAAAUAGUACAGGAUCCGACUGCUUAAUUCCGAGGGGUUGUACGGGUGUCAGUUCUACAGAUAUCAAUCGGCGUUCGUCUGUUCCGAAUUCUCCAACAACAAGCAGACCUUUGAGAGAGAGAAAAAGACUGCCUCGGCGGGUAUCGGCUCCUCAUCUGCUUAAUGCUGUCUUGGAAGUAAAAUACAAAGAAAAUUCCAUGGAGCAAGAAAAAACAAAUCCUACCCCAGUCCCCCCUGUAAGGAGAAAAAGAAAGCGAAAGACAAACAGAACAUAUCAGGACUGAUAAUGCCAGUGGCAAAGUGUUUAUUAAUCGCUUGUGAUAAAUUGCAUCACCCGUGAUAAAUUUCAGUGUCGUAACACAGAAAUGCCUUACUAAAGUAUAGUAACGAAUUAUGAAAUUCUAUAAGUGUAUAUUUUUUGCUGUAUAAAGUCUGUCAUUAAAAAGAUAUCCACGUUUUUGUAUCAUUUGCACAAUGACAUCUAAUGAGUCAUUUUGAAAAAUUACAUUUUACAGUGCUCAUGACAAGAAGAAUUCCUAAAAGAAAUAUUUAACAUUCUUAUCUUGGGCGCCUUGAUCUUUAUAAUGUAUUUCACGUCAAGAUUGGAUAAGCGGUGUAAUGUCAUUUAGAAGUCUAACAAUUAUAUAUAUAUAAAAAUACUCAAAUAUAUUUUGUAUGUAAUGCUUCUUUUGUACCAUUAAAUGUGUUUACAUGUAUGUUUAUUAUGAGGUGCCAUGAAAAUAUGUUUACAGUAUUAAAAAAAUA